UCAUAGAAAGAAAUUAACAAAAGAAAAUCUAUGGCCGGUGUGGUUUUUUUCUCAUCUGCGUACUGAGUAGCUUAGCCUUUCCAUGUUUGAUCUCUAAGAAAAUCCAUCAAACACAAACUUUCCCAUAAUGACUCUCUCUACUUCAACGAAUUUUAGUGAUUUCAAAACCCUGCAAUCUUCUUAACUUUUGUUGGGUAUUCGCGGAAAUCUCGUGGGAUCUGAUAUUUUUUUUUGUUAAGAUGCCGCCGUCUUACUUCCCUCUGCGCUGGGAAAGCACCGGCGAUCAAUGGUGGUACGCGUCGCCUAUUGAUUGGGCAGCAGCAAACGGCCUUUACGACCUCGUCGUCGAGCUCCUCCAUCUCGACCCCAAUCUCCUCAUCAAAGUCACUUCGCUCCGCCGUAUCCGCCGCCUCGAAACGGUGUGGGACGACGAAGCUCAAUUCGACGACGUCGCCCAAUGCCGCUCUUUGGUCUCCAAGAGGCUUCUUAAUGAGUGUGAGUCCACGAAUGGAACCAAUACCUUGAUAAGAGCCGGCUAUGGAGGCUGGCUUUUGUACACCGCCGCCUCGGCCGGAGACAUGGAUUUUGUCAAGCAACUGUUGGAGAGAGACCCUUUUCUCGUGUUCGGAGAAGGAGAGUACGGGGUCACCGAUGUAUUUUAUGCGGCGGCCCGGAGCAAAAACGCGGAGCUUUUCACCAUGCUGCUCGAUUUCGCGGUGUCGUCGAGGGAUGAAGAGGAUGAAUCGAGUGAGACUCGGUCGGUUUUUAAGUGGGAAAUGAUGAACAGAGCGGCGCAUGCGGCGGCUAGAGGUGGGGGUACGGAGAUUUUAAGGAGAAUUCUCGGGGAUUCCGAUGAUGUUUUGGCCUAUAGAGAUGUGCAAGGUUCUACUUUGUUGCAUACUGCUUCUGGGAGAGGGCAGAUUGAGGUAGUGAAGUAUCUGGUGACGUCGUUUGAGAUCAUAGCCUCUACAGAUGGUCAAGGGAACACGGCCCUGCAUACGGCAGCUUAUCGAGGUUAUUUAAAUGUUGUCGAGUUUCUUCUUCGAGCGUCUCCGAAUUUGGCCUCGGUGAAGAAUGAUUGUGGGAGUACUUUUCUUCAUGUGGCCGUGGCCGGUUUUAGAACUCCGGGGUUCCGAAGAAUAGACCAGCAGAUCGAGUUGAUGAAACGAUUGGUAUGUAGUGAGGUUUUCGAAAUUCGAGAUAUCAUCAAUGUGAGGAACUCGGAUGGGAGAACUGCUUUGCAUAUGGCUGUCAUCGAUAAUGUUCAGUCUCGUCUGGUGGAACUGCUCAUGUCCGUGCCGUGUAUUGACCUGAAUGUCCGUGAUGCCGAUGGCUCGACCACAUUAGAUCUCCUCAAGAGAAGGCCUAAAUCCACAUGUUCGGAAAUUUUGAUCAAAGACCUAAUUGCAGCCGGAGGGAUCUCUAACUGCCAAGACAAUGCAGCAAGAAGUGCCAUUGUUUCCUGUCUAAAAGAGAAUGGUGUAGGUGCCAGUCCCGGAACUUCAUUUAGAGUCCCUGAUGCAGAGAUAUUCUUGUACACCGGUUCGGAGAACGCAUACGAUGCCGGUUGUGAUCAAGAAAGCGUGGGAUACAGUUCGUGCCUUAGUGACUUAAGCGAGUUGAAGCUAAGUAAUACAAUCGAAAAUAAGAAGCCGAGCUCCAUAAAUCACACUGCGAGACGCCUAAAGAAUCUUCUCCAUUGGCCUAGAAAGGAGAGAAAAACUGCGAGCGCAGAAUCGGUGGGCGACGAUGAUCCUCUGGAGGUCAUGAGUACUUCUAGAAACUGGUCGGACAGUCAUAUUCCGCUUCGCGAAAAGUACACAAAAUCAUCUCUUCCAAACAACACAAGGACUUUUUCACUCGGGAGAGAUCUUCCAAGCCCAUCCAGCAGGAAGAAAUUCACUGCAGGGCUAACGCAUGGCGUCAUCCAGGCAACACCACAUUUAGCUGCUCCUUUAAAAUCACCUCCAAGCCCUAUCUCAGCAUCUUCGACGGCCUCACCUGUAUCAGUGGAUGAACAAAAGGUCGUCCGCGAUGCUCGACUUAAACAGUUGUUCGAUGGUAAAGCGACACGAAUGAGUCCGAAGGAGAAUUCAGUCGAUAAGAGGCUGAUGAACCAGUAUUUCUGUUUCGGAGCACAAGGCCUAGCCCCGUCGAAGAUAGCCGAAGCCACACACGGGUGGAUCGCAGCAUCAAGACCGCCACUUCUUUAGCCGUUUGAUGACAAAAUAUAUCAAUAAACAUCCCAAGUUGUUUUAUUUGUUGUUUAAU